AAACGAUGGAGCUAUCACAACGAUGAAGAUGACGCAAACCGACCCAGCUCUCCGAAAAAGUGUUUCAAGACGAACAUGGCGGCAACUUAACCGCGGUCCAAGAUGACAAUGGCCAACGGGAGAAAGGAUUCUAAGCGUUCCGCCCAGGUACCGGACAGAGUGCGUGCAUCGACAGGGCUCUCUGCUCUCCUUUAAGUCAAUCUGCAAACCGAACGGCGACACACGCGCAGCAUCAGUACCGAGAGGCUCGCAACAGCUGGUCUCGCUGUGUCCCCUAAAAGACAACACACCCGGGGAGGGACGGUAGGGAGAGGGGGGCAUGCGGUCAAAGAGGACGCCGUUUCCCCCCGGAGAGCCAUGGAGAACCGGGAUGCGGCAGCGCGAAGCUUAAUCUGUGCGGGCGCGCUAAUUGGAUCGGAAUAGCACCGAUUGCUGCGGGCGCGAUAGAGGAGCGCCCUGGACCGGCAGAGGCACGGUACCCCACCGCUACAGAGGAGAACCAACCGGAGUCCGUCUCCCCCAAGUCAAUGAGUAUUGUGGCAGAGCAGCCCCCGCGGUGGAGUCGGCCAGGGCAGCACUUUCCUAAAAUAUGACCAGGGGUGCUUGGAUGCGUCGGCAGCAUGAUGAGGGCUUAAAAUACUGGUUUGCACCCCGAGAGAACGAGAAGCCAUUUACCGAGUCGGAGCGGGCCCAGAGAUGGCGACUGUCGCUGGCCUCUCUGCUCUUCAUCACCGUCCUGCUCUCUGAUCACUUGUGGUUCUGCGCCGAGGCGAAACUCACGCGAACCCGAGACAAGCGGUCGGAAGAGGGGCUUGCAAUUACGGACAUGGGCGAGUACCCAAACUCCCUCCACCGACACCAUAUCCCAACAUCACCUGACCCCGACCGUCUCGCCAGAGAGCAAGAUGUUAUUUUUCUAGGGAAUUCUACCAAACCUCUGUGGCGAAUGGACACCUGUCAUCCAGACAGCUGGUCCAAAGAGUGCUUUACUUUCACGGACGCGGAGACCGUGUGCCUGGGCCUCUCCGUUGGAGGGGAAAAGGGGACACAGUUUUCGAAUGUGAAUCUGAGCGAUUUGUACCUUUCUUUUUGUAAUUCCUACUCACUUUUGGAUUUGUUUCACGGGUUUACGAGUCCAGACGAUUUGAAUUGCUCCUUGGAUAUGGGGCAGGAUGUGCUGGGAUGCAGCAAGUGUGUCCGGGCUUAUCAGCUUCUUGACCAGCAAGCAGAGGAGAACUACCGGGAGUUUGAGCUGCUGGUUGAGAAAUACGAGACGGAUGCAUACUCUGUCAGGACGUGCAUGGAGGAAUGCAAGAUGGUUUAUAAGCCCUGGCUGUGUUCUCAGUACUUCCAGACCACCCAGAUGCAUUGCAGUAAGCCAAUCCCCUGUGGUCAGUACUGCCUGGAGGUGCAGCAGCGGUGCCCCUUCGUCCUGCCUGACAAUGAUGAUCUCAUUCAUGGAGGCAGCCCAAGUUUUAUAUGCACAGGGCUGCUGGAGGACUACCCAUCAGGUGUUGACCCGAAUGCAAAGUGCUGCGACGUGCGGUGGGACUUGAAAGUGGACAACCGUUCCCGGGGGACGCUGAAAAGAACUCACCCGCCAUGCCAGCACCGAACCUCCCUCAGCUCAUCGGCAGCCUGCAGACUGUGUAACAGCCGGCUCAAACUCUGCCUGCUGGUCCUUGUCCUCCUACACACUGUUGCCAGCCUCACUGCAUCCCACAAUGCAACAGGACUGGGCCUCCCCACCAUCACGCCUCUGGAGGAGAGCCCUGCCAAUGAGGAGUGAUAGAGCUGCCAGGAGGAGGUGAGGUUGUCCGGGUGGGGGAAUCCCUCACCAUGGCAACCAAUGUGGAAAAAUACAGCCACAGUUGUGCGAUGGGCUGGAGCUGUGUGCCUGUGGACACUCUGCAACGCUUUCUGGCAAAUGGAAAAUGUGGGACGCUUGGAGACGAAAGACACACAAUUCAAUCAACAAAUAAAUAAGAAAACAAACAGACACACUAAGGGACUCCAACAGUCCCUUAGGUAGAAAGGGGACAAUGCCACAGCCUUUGUUGAGUGGGAAGGCCGGCUUCCCCAUGGCUGAGUUUCUCUCACUACGCUUUUUUACACUGUGUUCCAAUUAUUGGUUUCUGUUGCACUGGCUGACUAAGGGAUAACACAAUCAUAUUCUCUUUCUAAUGUUCAUCCUUUUUGAGUUUUAUUUCUGGUUCUCUCAUACAGGAAGAACAUGUGUUCUCUAAAUAAGACAGAUAAUACGUUAAAAUAAUAAUUAGCUGCGAGUUUCUUUGCGAUUGAUAUGCGUUUCUGAACUGUGUGCGAGUGUGCAUGGGUGUACUUGUAUGUCUUUACACGUGUGAAUGUGUGUGCAGGUGAGGAUGAGUGUGUGUUGGUGACAAGUAUCAUAAAAGGCGAGUUAAAAGGCUGAUGUGGCAAAGAUGCCCCCCCCCCCCAACUCCCUUUCAGAUGUCACUUAGCUCUGCUGUGCUGGUGUGUUGGCCACAAUCACUGGGAAAAUGGGAUUAAAAUGUGCUUCUGAAUGAGUUCUGGGGUUUGUAAGGUUUACAGUUUUCCUACACUAGGAUGAAUCGUGAGAUAAUAUGUACCUAUUAACAACAUUUUAAAAGAUCCAAAGCAAUGAAAAAGUUAACCCUGAAAUAUGCAAGACGUCACAACCGACCAGGAUGCAUUCCUUCAGCAUCACAAACGAUAUCUCACUUUCUGUUUUUAUGUCAAAUACAUUAAUCUUGCUAAACUGAUAUCUUAAUAUAUAAUAAGCAUAAUAUAUGCUAAGUAUGUGUCAUCUGACCUCUUGUGGACUCAUUAUAAGGACGUGUUGACAGAUCUCAGCAAUAACUUGAUGUGUAAAAUGUGAUCAUUAUCAAUAAAACUGACAGCCAAAAUUAUAAAAGUAACAUCCAAGACGUAUUAAACCAGAGUGAUCAUUAAACCUUAAGGCCAACACUACAAUAGGGCUGAGCCAAAUAAACAAAGUUACAUCAUUACAAUUUGUAAAUAAAAAACGAUAUUAAUAUAUAUGUGUAAUAUAAGAAAUAUGAAUAUAAACAUCUCAGGUUGCAUUCUGCUGUGUUUUGAAUGAAGAUAGAAAAGCAUGCAAUGAGAUGCCAAAAAUGCUUUGAGUCAAUAUAAUGUCAAAGUUAGGAGGGAAUCUUUACAUUGGUUAUGGUAAUUGUAGUUUAAUUUCCUUUUAAUAAUAGUUGAGAUGAAACAGUACUUAGCCACUUGUUAGCAACCCUGUUUAAUCACUGGACAGGAAGUUAAUCAAAUACAAAUAAAAUAAAACACAGAUGGGAUUAUUUUUAUUUCAUAUAGAAAACAUGAAUCUCUUUUAAGCUUGUCUUAUCCAAAGCUUUUAUUUUAGGCCUUUUACUAAAACCCCAUUCAGAUUGUGGUCACAUAACAUUUCUCAGCAGAGUUUAUUGACAUCAAAAAGAUAUCACUGGAUCAAUAUAUACGAUAUCCUGUUGUUCUUGACAAAGAAGCUUGUGUUAUUUUAGAUUUGAAAAGGUAUUAUCCAGUCAAAAUAAUUAUCCACAGCAUAAAUAAUUACUAAAUUGUCUUUCUGUCUCUAAAGACUUAUUUGUUGCCCUUCGGCCUGCUGUAACCAGCAGUUAAAGCAGAAAUACGUUUUUCCUGUUAACACUGCUUUAAAAAGACUAAAUGUACUGUUUGCCCUCGAACCAAUUCUGGUGGUUUCAUUUUAUCCUCAAGCUUUCUCAUUCACAGGAAUCAUAAUGACUGGAUGUUGCCUUUAAGUACUAUAAUGGUUAUAUUCCAGUUAUAAUUAUAUAUAUAUAUAUAUAUAUAUAUAUAUAUCUGGAACUCCCAUGCAAAUAGGAUGAAAAUAAAAUGUGUCCCUGGGAAAGGUAGCAUGCAGUUAUGUGAAGGAAAAUCCCCUGUCCAUAAUACAAUAGGUAGGCCUACAUAUCACCAACACAGGGACAACUGCUUCAACUGUUGAAUCUAAAUGUGUAAUGGAUGUUAACAAACUGCAUGUGGAGCAAGAGUACGACAGCCUCUUUUGUUUAUUGUCCCCCCUCCGCACUCCACAUCUUAUCCCAAAUCAGCUCCUGUAGCAUGCCCACUGUCACAUACUUUCUCCUAAAAACAUCAAACUAAUGUCUCAUUAAGUAAAGGGCUUAUUAAGAUAAACAGUACAACACAUUAUAAUCAACAUUCACAUUAAAAUUUUAGCAGACAGAGGGUGAGAAAUGGCUAAUUUCCUGUUUCUUUUAAACGUGUGUACCUGAAGUACCGAGGCACUCCACAGGCCGCUGCUGCAGAACAGAAACAAACCAGAGAGGAGUGUGUUUGUUUAAGCACUAUUGGAAUAACUGGAUAAUAGUAAACUGAUACUUGUGUUUAUUUUCUAAAUGUUGACCAGCGUGUGAACAGAAAGGAAUGGUGUGACUUUAAGGGCUGACUUCUUUUUAGUUUCAAGAUUGUUUUUCCUUUGAUGAACAAGGCUAUGAGAUCAGGUAAUCAAAGAUAAACAGAUGUUGUUUGAUGCAUUUUUCCACUCUUAAGUAAGUUGAUUACUCAAAUGAGAUGUCCAAUCUGAUAUCUGAUGUCAAGAACUUUAUUAUACAGCUUAUAUGAGGAUUUUCAAAAAUGCAUCUUUAUUCACAACAUGUCUAAAUAACCAGUGUAUUGGAUUAUGUUGACGCUGUACCUUUUUUUGUGUUUGGACCCUGCCCCACUCUGAACAUUACCACUCCAGCUUGCAUGAAAAACCUAACAAAUCAUUGUCAUUCAGCACAGCACACCCAUGCCCAUCUCAGACGGCCGCAGUCGGUGAUAGAAAAAUGCUGCUACUCUAUUGGUCACCAGUAGAUAGACAUAUAUUUUAUUAUAUUAUAUUGCCGCUGCCGAAGACCUGUCACACAAGGACGUUCAUACACACAGGAGUCAGGAAGCCUGAGCUCUGGUGGAAAAGGUGAUGGGUCCAUGUUUGUGGAUGUGUGUCCGCGUGCAUGUGUGUGGAGUGUGUGUAUGAAAAAAUGUGUGUUUGUGUCUGUUGCUAAUUGCUGUGUGAUCUUUGGAGAGCUUAUUAGCUCUGCUAUGACCUUGGGGCCUUAGGGACAGGUGUGGCAAACCACCACUGUCUUUACAGGCACCUGCUGCAUUAGUCAACUCAUUAUUCACUGCAGCCUUUAAACCGUCUGGACUUUAGUAUAAAUUCAUUGUAAUAUACAAUGUCAAAUAAAUGUGUUAGCGCCUAAGACCCCAAACUGACCAAGGUACGGGUGUAUCUAUUUGUUUCCUUUCACAUGCCCUUCAGAAUAUAUCCCAACACCCUUUUCUGAAAUGAGAUACUGCAAUGAACUGAAACUGGUGCCAAAGCCUAUCAAGUCAAAUAAACCAAAUUUAGAUCUGAUAUGACACUAGAAUGUUCAUGAUCAAACACACUGGACAACAGGAGGACAAAUAGGGUCAGUCAGUGUUAGACAAAUGUGCCAUGUUAGCAAUAAACGGAUUGCAUUUCAUAAGCCUCAACCACACUCACCAUUAACAUGUGUAAGGGAUCUAUUUAUGACAUAAAUGUGAUUUCAUUCUGCCUCCCAUGUCAGCAGUUCAUGCUGUGAUGCAACAGCCAUCACAAACCAAAUGCUGGACAUAUUCAUAGUAAUAACUCAUUUCUGCUUUACAUGCAGAAACCAUCCUGGCUGUGGUUGCAUGGGUGUGAUUGCUGUGGUGUCCUUCAUGCCACUUCAAAGUUUCUUCCAGACAAUAAAAUUAGAUUUGACUGAUGUAAAUCUUUGAUGACUUUGGUUGGUAAUGCAGGCAUGCACGCAACAGUUACUCUGCUGUGUUAAUAUCAUUUCUAGUGUGUUUUACUUUUUACUGCACUAUACUGAGAAGAAACUGUGUAGGGUCCUAUCGAUUCAAUCUACAUCCCUAACAGUGGUCUGUAGCAGUCGUGGGGUAUGGUCUGUCAUAUUUCACAACACUACAAAAACUACAUUUGUGUUUUUCCCCUGCACAUAUAGACUAUGUAUGCCUCUUGCCCCUUACCUCCUGUGCACCCACCACACAAAUGGUAUGUACACAAAUAUUGCCCUCUUCACUUCCUCUCAGCCUCUCUCUGUUUUCACAAUAGUUCAGUUCUCUAUCCUGUGGAUCUAUGCAGAAGCCCAUUCCUUUUUGGUUGUAAAUAUGUUCCCUAGUAUGCUGAACACUAUGUCUUUGCGUCCAGGUUUCCUUGUGUAUUUUUAUUUUAGUUCAUGUCAUGCUGUUUCUUUCUUCUUUCUCUUCUUCUUCUAUUUUAAUUUUUUACUUUGGCGCGUCUGAAAUCAUUGAUGUUAAAAGAGAAUGUGGUGAGGUUUACCCAAUAGACUCGUCCUCAGCUUCGCGACCUUAUUGUGAAAGGUUGUGGUUCUGUGUGUGUGAAAGAUUUAUGAUUAUAGAAAUGAAAAAGGUUUAAAGUCAUAUAGAAGUAUCAUUGCGAUUAUGAUUAUUAUGAUUACUACUAUACUACCAGUAUAUUGUAAUAUUAUAGAUGCUUUAGUUCAAGUAACUUCUUUAAUUUUUUUACAAACAACUUUGAUGAAAUGAUUUAUAAAAGUCUCACAAGUCAUGAUCUUUUCAAAAAGUAUUGAAAACUACUGCUACAAUGAUUAAAAUUGUGUUCUGAUGAAA